AUGGUGCGUGACGGUGGGGGGUACUACGGGGGGCGGCCGUGGGCUCGCUACUGGCGGGGGGGUGAGCGCGCGGGGCGCCGCCGCCGGGGGGGGGGGGGUGUGAGUUCAUAUAAUGUCGGGGUGGGUCCAAGGGGGGGGGGGGGGGGGGGGGGGGGGGGGGGGGGGGGGGGGGGGGGGGGGGGGGGGGGGGGGGGUGGGGGGGGGGGGGGGGGGGGUGGGGGGGGGGGGGGGGGGGGGGGGGGGGGGGGGGGGAGGGGGGGGGGGGGGGGGGGGGGGGGGGGGGGGGGGGGGGGGGGGGGGGGGGGGGGGGGGGGGGGGGGGGGGGGGGGGGGGGGGGGGGGGGGGGGGGGGGGGGGGGGGGUGGGGGGGGGGGGGGGGGGGGGGGGGGGGGGGGAGGGGGGGGGGGGGGGGGGGGGGGGGGGGGGGGGGGGGGGGGGGGGGGGGGGGGGGGGGGGGGGGGGGGGGGGGGGGGGGGAGGGGGGGGGGGGGGGGGGGGGGGGGGGGGGGGGGGGGGGGGGGGGGGGGGGGGGGGGGGGGGGGGGGGGGGGGGGGGGGGGGGGGGGGGGGGGGGGGGGGGGGGGGGGGGGGGGGGGGGGGGGGAGGGGGGGGGGGGGGGGGGGGGGGGUGGGGGGGGGGGGGGGGGGGGGGGGGGGGGGGGGGGAGGGGGGGGGGGGGGGGGUGGGGGGGGGGGGGGGGGGGGGGGGGGGGGGGGGGGGGGGGGGGGGGGGGGGGGGGGGGAGGGGGGGGGGGGGGGGGGGGGGGGGGGGGGGGGGGGGGGGGGGGGGGGGGGGGGGGGGGGGGGGGGGGGGGGGGGGGGGGGGGGGGAGGGGGGGGGGGGGGGGGGGGGGGGGGGGGGGGGGGGGGGGGGGGGGGGGGGGGGGGGGGGGGGGGGGGGGGGGGGGGGUGGGGGGGGGGGGGGGGGGGGGGGGGGGGGGGGGGGGGGGGGGUGGGGGGGGGGGGGGGGGGGGGGGGGGGGGGGGGGGGGGGGGGGGGGGGGGGGGGGGGGGGGGGGGAGGGGGGGGGGGGGGGGGGGGGGGGGGGGGGGGGGGGGGGGGGGGGGGGGGGGGGGGGGGGGGGGGGGGGGGGGGGGGGGGGGGGGGGGGGGGGGGGGGGGGGGGGGGGGGGGGGGGGUGGGGGGGGGGGGGGGGGGGGGGGGUGGGGGGGGGGGGGGGGGGGGGAGGGGGGGGGGGGGGGGGGGGGGGGGGGGGGGGGGGAGGGGGGGGGGGGGGGGGGGGGGGGGGGGGGAGGGGGGGGGGGGGGGGGGGGGGGGGGGGGGGGGGGGGGGGGGGGGGGGGGGGGGGGGGGGGGGGGGGGGGGGGGGGGGGGGGGGGGGGGGGGGGGGGGAGGGGGGGGGGGGGGGGGGGGGGGGGAGGGGGGGGGGGGGGGGGGGGGGGGGGGGGGGGGGGGGGGGUGGGGGGGGGGGGGGGGGGGGGGGGGGGGGGGGGGGGGGGGGGGGGGGGGGGGGGGGGGGGGGGGGGGGAGGGGGGGGGGGGGGGGGGGGGGGGGGGGGGGGGGGGGGGGGGGGGGGGGGGGGGGGGGGGGGGGGGGGGGGGGUGGGGGCGGGGGGGGGGGGGGGGGGGGGGGGGGGGGGGGGGGGGGGGGGGGGGGGGGGGGGGGGGGGGGGGGGGGGGGGGGUGCGGGGGGGGGGGGGGGGGGGGGGGGGGUGGGGGGGGGGGGGGGGGGCGGGGGGAGGGGGGGGGGGGGGGGUGGGGGGGGGGGGGGGGGGGGGGGGGGGGGGGGGGGGGGGCGGGGGGGGGGGGGGGGGGGGGGGGGGGGGGGGGGAGGGGGGGGGGGGGGGGGGGGGGGGGGGGGGGGGGGGGGGGGGGGACCCCCCCUGCGGGGAGCGGGGGGGAGCGCUGA